CAGACACGCGACUCAACAGCCACAUACCUCCACAUGCACGCGUCGCACCACGCCGACCUCCUCGAACAAUUCACAAACCUGACCUCCUCCCAACUCUCCCCAGAAGACAUAUACAUCCCCCCACACCUCCAGCCCGUAAAUCCAGAAGACGAAGACGACGUCGUGCCAGACCAGCACGCCGCAUUCGGGAUCCAGCGCGCGACGCAGGCGAAGAAGGAGCCGACGUGGCGGGAUCUGGGGCUGGACGAUUUGCUGAGACGGGGGCCAGCAGGGGAGGCGAGGACGGGUGGUGCGGCGGGGGUGGCAAGCGGUGGUGUGGGUGCGAGGGCGAGUGAAGAGCCUGUGAGGUUGGCGUUGGCGAGGCAGCCUGGGCCGAGGUCUGGGGUGAGGGUUGUGCAGAGUGGAGGUGGGGUGAGUAGUGCAGGUGGUAGUGCUGGGAAUGGGCUACCACGCUGA